AUGAAUCUGAGUCUGUUCACCGAAACUUUGGCUAAAGGAGCCAUUUUCUUGUCAAUACACCAGUCCAAGGACAACUGGGCCAUCUUUGGGUUGCCAACGAGUCCAGAAUCGCACCAGUCCUUGAGGAUCUUGUUCUUGAAUACCUCCACAGUUGUUGAGCCAGAGCUUCACGAUCUUGGUGUCUGGACGGAAGGUAGAGUCGUCCUGCGUGUUCUGCUUGGUCAAGUCGACCGCCGACUUUGUCUGUUUGAGCUGUCGUGGCGGGGUUUGAGUUGGGCCUGGCUGCUGGUAUUUUUUCACGGUUUUUGGAUGGACAUCGUCGUCCACGAGUCCUGUAUCGUCCGAAAUCAGUUUGAACUGGCUGAGAAGUUUGAGUUUCGUCUCGUCAACGUUGUCGUUGUGGACCCAGAACCGCUGGCAGACGGACCCCUUUUUGUGCGAGAUGAGAUCGAACGUGGUGGAUCUCGAUGGUGCAAACUCGUUGGGACGGAAGUCAGCAAACGUGAGGGACUCUGCGGAGAUCACAGACUGCCUGCGGGUGUCGUGGGCGACGGGCUGAGCCGUCCGUGUGGCGUUGUAGUUGUUGAUCACAUCGAACAUUAA